CUUUCCACCAACUCCUCUCUGCCCCACUUCGUCAGCCUCGCUCUGCCGUCUGAUGGUUACUAUCCCUGUUCUAACUUCAAAGGUCGCAUACACUUGUGUUUUGGUCCCGUGUGUCGGUCUCGCAACGAGCCUCGUGCCACAACAUACAGUGAUCGGCAUGGUCGUCGGAAUGUCUGCUUGAACCCAAAUUGACACCAUAACAACUAGUGCAAUGAUACUCAUGGAUAGUCAAGUAUUGGGUCGGAGGAUUAACCCAUCUGGAUGGCGAAUACUGGGUCAAUUGUGUGUCCAGUAUCUACAAUCUACAGAGAGUGCGACCCCCGUCGGUGCCCUAUGAUGGCUUCUUCCCAAUUGGUCCUGAAUAUCCACCACCCAGUUCCACAAGCCGGGUUGAUCAAUUACCCUGCUUUGACAGCCGCCAUUACCCCUCCUUCUAUCCCAUCCCACUCGUCAGUCGAGUCGUCGGGAGAUGGAUCCACUGGGGGGUGGGACACCGACGAGCCAAAGCUUCCACCAUGGGUGAGUAAGCAAGCGUUGAUUUAACUAAAGCACAUGACGCCGUUAUGCCACGCAGAGACCCUUGCAUGGAGCUUACAUACGGAAUUCUUCUUCCACUGCCGCCGUCUCCAUUGCCGCCGUUGUGGGAUAUUGACGUGAUUACCUCGCAUUGAUCGACCCCGUCUCUGUACACCAACAAUGGCAACUCCUUCCCCCUUUGAUAUCCCCUUCGACCAGCUCCCCAACCCCAGGCAGGUCUGGGUUGGGAAACCGGGCAGCUACGAGGAAGGUUUGGGAAAGCUGGCUAUCCUGACCCCAGAUGUGGUCGCCAAAGCGGCGGCCGCCGAAAUUAGAACCGGGCGGCGCGUAACCAUGGGAUGGGACAUGACGAAGCUUGACUAUCCUAAUCUGAACCGCCAGCCAUGCCAGCAUCAGAUCGUCCCGCUCCUAGGUGGGGUGGCCUUCGACGACAUCUUUACCAUGAAUCCUCAGCAAAGUAGCCAGUGGGACGGACUGCGGCACUUCUCCCAGACGGUUCCCGGCCAGACGCAGCGAGUCUUCUACGGUGGUACCACGAGCGAAGAAAUCACCGAUCGGACGAAUGACCGGAUUGGUCUGCAGCAUUGGGCACGGGAAGGCAUUGCAGGUCGGGGGGUGUUGAUCGACUAUGCCGCGUGGGCCGAGAAAAAGGGGAUCAAGUAUAGUACCUUCUCGACGCACCAGGUCCGGCUCGCCGAUAUUGUGGAAAUAGCGCGAGAAUGCAAUAUCACCUUCCAGAAAGGGGAUAUUCUGUUUGUUCGGGUCGGAGUUACCAAGGAGUGGGACACGGUCAUGACCGAUGCUCAAAAACAGGAGUAUUCCAAUAACCCGAGUCCCUUACAUGCAGGGGUGGAAGCAACUACUGACAUGCUUCGGUGGCUGUGGGACACCGGAUUUGCUGCCAUCGCGAGCGACUCGAUCAGCUGGGAGGUUUACCCACCCCAAGCGGAUGUUUUCCUGCAUGAGUAUGUUCUUGCAGGAUGGGGGAUGCCAAUCGGCGAGCUGUUUGACCUCGAAGCGUUGGCUCGUAUGUGCCAGGAGCAUCAGCGCUGGAGCUUCUUCGUUGCCUCUAUUCCCCUGAAUAUGCCCGGGGGGGUGUCAUCCCCUCCAAAUAUCAUGGCAGUCUUCUAGACCAUAGUUGGGAGUGAGUCCAAUACUCGGUCACAUCCCCUACCCCAUAUCAUAUCAAUCCCUGUUGCAGACAGAGAUUGCCGAUACGCCAUGACUAGGAUUAGCUACCCCCUCAAUUCAUC